AUUCCACUGUUUUGUUUACCAGUGUGAAGUCAACGAAAUGGAAACUUCAUGCCCUGAAGACUGUCAGAAGGAUAACGACAAAAAUGGAAUUCUCAGUUCAGACAUUGUCGAAAAUGGAGAGAACUUUUCUAUCACAAAACAAGAGAUUUUGACGCUCUCGGCGAUGGCCAUCCUGAGCCUGAUGGCAGCGCUGGAUGGGACGUCUAUAUCGGUUGCUUUGCCCACCAUGGCUCAUGAACUUGGAGGAACUGCAAUCGAAGCAUUCUGGGCUGGAACCUCCUUCACACUCUGCUCUGCCGUCUUUCAACCUGUAUUCUCUUCAUUAUCGGAUUUAUUUGGUCGGAAGCCAUUGGUGCUUGUGACGAUCGCAUGGUUUACGAUCGGGGCGAUUGUCGCUGGUGUCGCUAACAAUUUCACUCAUAUGCUUAUUGGGCGGUCUCUACAGGGAAUUGGUGGGGGUGGCAUCAUUACCCUCACUGGUAUCCUCAUUGCAGAUAUUGUGCCUCUUAGCGAAAGACCAAAAUAUUUCGGUAUGCUUAGUGGAAUCUGGAGUUUGGGAACAGUGACCGGGCCUGUCAUCGGGGGCUGCUUUGCAGAGAAAGUCACCUGGCGUUGGAUCUUCUAUAUCAACUUUCCGUUCAUUGGAAUCGGAGCAAUCUUGCUUGCCUUCUCGGGCGGCUUCCUGACUGCGCAGGGCGCUUUUACCGUCCAAGUGCGCAAGAUUGACUUCCUCUGCUUCGUUCUUGAUACCGCUGACAUGGGGGGUGUGCUGUAUUCCUGGGACUCAUGGCACAGUUUGGCACCUUUAAUUAUCGGGGCCGUCGGACUCUGCGUCUUCGCGAUCUAUGAAUGGCGAAUUGCACGACUGCCAAUGAUCCCACCAGCGAUUUUCCAGAACCGAACGGCGCUCAUAUCGUUUGGAGGCUAUGCCGUGGUUGGCCUUCUGGUUUGGUGCUGUCUGUACUUUCUUCCCCUCUACUACGAGGCCGUGAAAGAAUUCAAACCUAUCAUGUCAGGAAUUGCGCUUUUCCCUGAAACCUUUACUGUCGCCCCAACUGGAGUUAUUAUAGGCCUCCUCAUCAGUCGAACAGGCCGGUACUAUUGGGCCGUCUGCAGUGGAUGGUGUAUUUCGACUAUUGGAACGGGCCUGCUUUGCUUGUUGGACACAAAUACCACGACGGUGGCUUGGAUUUUUUUAAAUGCUGUGGCUGGAGUUGGCAUCGGAAUGGUUCUUCCCUCCGUCGCACUCGCAGUGCAGGCUUCCGCGCCUACUGAGCUCGUGGCGAUUGCGGUGGCUACAUCGACUUGCUUCCGAGGCUUUGGGCAGUCUAUAGGUGUGGCGAUUGGGGGUGUCAUUUUCCAAAAUCGAAUGAAGAGCAACUUAUUGCAGUAUCCUGCCCUCCGAGGGUUGGCGGAUAAAUACAGCGGCGAUGCAGCGAGCGCGGUGGAACUUAUUCGAGGGAUGCAGGACACUCAAGCUAAGGGAGAUCUUCAGCAGGCUUAUGCUGAUAGUCUAAGAAUGGUCUGGGCAUUUUGCUGCGGCAUUUCUGGAUUGAUGUUUUUCACGAGUCUGUUCACUAAGCCAUAUAGUUUGGACCGUGGACUUGUUGCAAGGGUGCGCCCGGAAAAAGAGAACGUGAAUGAGUGA